AUGGACCUCAAAGAAUCAGUACGCAACCAAACUGACGUGGGCCUAAGAAUGACGAGGCACCUGUUUCUAGCUGAAGCCAAGGGGCAGAACAUGGUGUUCUCGCCGCUCUCCAUCCAUGUUGUGUUGAGCAUGAUAGCAGCUAGCACAAAGGGUCCAACCCAAGACGAGUUACUCUCUUCCCUAAAGUCCAUGUCCACCGGAGAACUCAACUCCCUCGCCUCCAAUCUCCUCCCUUUCGUGUUUGCUGACGGCUCCCCCAGCGGCGGUCCCUGCCUGUCCUUCGGGAAUGGCGUUUGGGUCAACGAGUCUCUCCCUCUCAAGCCCUCUUUCAAAGAGGUGGUGGAUACUUUUUACAAAGCGGCUCAAAAGCAUGUCGAUUUCCAGAACAAGGCUGAAGAAGCAAGAGCUGAAGUCAACUCAUGGGCUGAAAAGCAGACUAAGGGCGUUAUUAGAGAAGUACUUCCUCCUCAGGCAGUUGACAGCUCAACAAGGGUCAUCUUUGCAAAUGCAUUAUACUUCAAAGGAACUUGGGAUGAUGACCCGUUUCUGUACUAA